UUAUUUUUUUAGAGUAAAAUAUGAAAACAUUUUUUAACAAUAUGGUAUGAUUAUUAUAUAUUUAUUAACAACAUGACUUUUAUUCGUUCUACUUUAAUAAAUGUGCCUUGCAGUAAUUGCUUGAUUCGACAUAAAAAUAGAGGAUGUUCUGGAAAGCUUAUACAAGGUGUUUUAAUUGGUGUAUUAGUAGUGACUGUCAUUUUUAAUGUGUUGUUUAUAAUUGAUAACCGCAAAAGAUUUCGUAACUCUUUUGCUAAUUCAAAUGAAAAUAUUGGUGAAAAUAUAAAUUUGGAAGAGACAGAUAAUAAAGAAGGAGUUUUACCAUCAAGCUUAAAAAAUACUCAAAUCAAAAUUGAAGCUAAGUCUAGUAAAGAUAGUGUCUAUGUAGCUGUUGAUGGCAUAAAAGUUUAUGAGAAUGCUAUUGAAGGUGAUUCAUCUCGAGGAAUCCAUAUUGUGGUAUUAAAUGAAGUGACAGGUGUUAUAAUGGCAAGCAGAGUAUUCGACACAUAUGUACCUAAAGAAGAUGAAGCAAUGAUAUUAUUCUUAAACUUGUUACAAGAAGGAAGAAUUGUUGUUUUUAUGAUCAAAGAUGAAGGAAGUUCCAGUUUAAAAGCAUCUAGUAGAAAUACAAUAAAACAGUUUGGUAGUCGGUUUAUAAGCAAAAUAAACUGGAGGGAUAGCUGGGCAUUUAUUUCUCAGAAAAAAAACCAUUGGUUAGCUGAAGGACAUGAGCCAUCGCCUUCAAUAGAUCAAUGGGGCCCACCUAUUGUAGUUCAAGCCAUGUUUGAACUUUCUGAAAAAGAUAAAGAAUGUGAUUGGGGAAAUGAUGAUACAGUUGAGCGGCGUAAACUUUUUUGCAAUAAAUAUGAAGGUUAUGGAACUGUAUGUAGCUGUAGUAGUCCUGCUCCAAUAAACUUAAAAGGAGCUUUGUUGUCAAACAGUCAUAUGGAACAAGUACCUAUUGCUGUUAUUGCGGCUAACAGACCUCAUUACUUGUUCAGAAUGCUUAGAGGACUUCUGACAACACCCGGUGUUGACCCGAAAAUGGUUACAGUGUACAUUGAUGGUUUUUUUGAUGAACCUUCAGCUGUUGCUGAACUUUUUCAAGUAUCUGUUGUUGAACAUACGCCUAUUUGUAGUAAAAAUUGCAGGAUUAGUCAGCAUUACAAAAGAACAUUAACUGAAACAUUUGAUAAAUAUCCAGACGCUGACUUUAUGUUAAUCUUGGAAGAGGAUUUGGAUGUUUCAAAAGACAUAAUUGAUUAUUUUAGUCAAUUAGCUCCAUUGUUACGCUCUGAUGAUAGUCUGUAUUGCAUUUCUGCAUGGAAUGAUCAAGGUUAUGAGCAUUCAUGUAAAGAUCCUUCAUUAUUAUACAGAGUUGAAACCAUGCCUGGAUUAGGAUGGUUACUCAAAAGGUCACUGUUUAAAAAUGAACUAGAGGAAAAGUGGCCUGGAAGUGAUAAAUUUUGGGAUUGGGACAUGUGGAUGCGGCUAGAAAGUAAUAGAAAGGGGCGUGAGUGUAUUAUUCCUGAUGUUUCUCGAACAUAUCAUUUUGGUGCAAAAGGCUUGAAUAUGAACUCUUAUUUCCAAGAGCUUUACUUUAGCAAGCAUGCUUUGAACACUCAAACGGGCAUAUCUUUUGAUGUAGAUAAGCUUCGAAAAGAUAAUUAUGAAGAAGAAAUGCACAAAUUGAUCAAGAUGGCCGAAGUCGUUGAUCACUCAAAAAAUCCAUGCACACAUCAUGACUUUAUUCCUGACACUAAGGAUCACACAUAUGUUAUUUAUAUAAAACAAAAUAACCCUGGUGACUAUGAAACAUGGAAUAACUUAGCCAAAUGUUUUAAACUUUGGGACUUAGACGUGCGUGGUUUUCAUAAAGCAAUGUGGAGAUUUUUUUUAAAAGAAAAUUCUAUAUUCGUAGUAGGUAUGAAAUCACCUUAUGCUGUAUACAAACCAAAUGAUGUAGUACCAAUAUUUAUUCCGAAAGAAGUGAAGACUUGACUUUAUUAUACAUUGAUUUUUGAAUAUAAAGUUGUGGUUUUUAGGCAGAUAAAGAAAAAACUUACUAAAUUGCUAAGUUUUACAACUAGAAUACUUAAUUAAGUUCGCUACUUACAUAGCAAUUUUUAUAUAAUUAAAGGAAUUAAAUAUAAAUAACUUUAAA